CAUUCGCUAGCAGGCGAAUACGCAUAUAUUUCUUCAUAGUGGACUUAAUUUAACGAAAUACACACAAAACUAACGAAGUAACAACAAUAAGAAAAAUAUAUAGAAAAAAUAAUGUAAAACAUAAGGAUAUCAAGAAAUUAAAAUCGAAAACAAACGUGGUCAAGUGUAUCAAUGAAUUUCAGUAGACACAAAAUAGUACAUGGAAUACUAGCAGCAGCAGCAGCGAGGAGUCACAGCAAAGCACAGCUUAAAUUAGAAAACUCAAUUCCACAGCUCAACUCUAAGCAAUAACAGCAAAGUAAAGUUCUGUUUGAAAUAUUAGCCUGAAUCAUCAUCAUCAUCAUAAUCACCAACAACCUCCUAAAGUAAAUAGUCAUAGGGCAAUGAAUAACCUAAGCGCUAAUGUUAGUGGUAAUAAUACAGCAGCCGGAGCCAAUGAUGAUACAGCCGGCGGUGGUGGCAAUGGUGCGGCGGGUGGCGAUGCCGAUGCCAAUUCGAGAAGACAAGCAACACGUGUUUUCAAAAAGAGCUCCUCCAAUGGCAAAAUAACAGUUUAUCUGGGCAAACGUGACUUUGUGGAUCACAGUACCCAUGUGGAUCCCAUUGAUGGAGUGGUGUUCAUAGAUCCCGAAUAUGUUAAAGAACGCAAAGUGUUUGGCCAGGUAUUGGCUGCAUUUAGGUAUGGCCGCGAAGAUCUGGAUGUUUUGGGUUUGACGUUUCGCAAGGACCUAUAUCUGGCCAAUGAACAAAUCUAUCCACCGACACAAAAUGAAAGACCAUUGACCAGACUGCAGGAGAGGCUGAUAAAAAAGCUGGGCCCAAAUGCAUAUCCUUUUUACUUUGAAGUUCCUCCAUAUUGUCCGGCCUCGGUGUCUUUGCAGCCAGCACCUGGUGAUACUGGCAAAUCCUGUGGAGUGGACUAUGAACUCAAAGCAUUUGUAGGCGAACAUAUCGAUGAUAAACCGCACAAACGAAAUUCCGUACGUCUUACAAUACGCAAAGUAAUGUACGCUCCGUCCAAAGUGGGCGAACAACCUUCCAUUGAGGUUAGCAAAGAAUUUAUGAUGAAACCAAAUAAAAUCAGCUUGGAAGCAAGUCUGGACAAGGAACUCUAUCAUCAUGGCGAAAAGAUUUCAAUAAACGUUCACGUAGCGAAUAACUCCAAUCGAACUGUGAAAAAGAUUAAAGUGUGUGUUAGGCAAUUCGCCGAUAUUUGUCUGUUUUCAACGGCGCAAUACAAAUCUGUGGUAGCAGAAACCGAAUCCGAGGAUGGAUGUCAGGUAUUGCCGGGAUUUACACUGUCGAAGGUAUUCGAACUGUGUCCACUACUUGCCAACAACAAAGACAAGUGGGGUUUAGCCCUAGACGGUCAAUUGAAACACGAAGACACAAAUCUAGCAUCCAGUACACUCAUAACAAAUCCAGCACAACGUGAAAGUCUUGGCAUCAUUGUCCACUAUAAGGUGAAAGUGAAAUUGCUGAUAAGUGGUCCACUAAUGGGUGGUGAUUUGGUAGCCGAAUUGCCAUUCACAUUAAUGCAUCCAAAGCCGGAGGAAGAGGAGAAUCCUCUACUCAGCGAUAAGUCGCCGCGUCAGAGUAUACGUGGUGGCGAUGCCCAGCUAGUGCUGGUGGGUGAGGAUGCCACAUCCAAUAAUAAUACGGCCGGUGGCAUGCAAGAGGUGCCGACCACCAAUUUGAUACAACUCGACGAUGAUGAUGCCCAAGACGAUGACAUUAUAUUUGAAGAUUUUGCCCGUCUUCGAUUAAAAGGCGCCGAAACGGAGGCCUAAACAAUGUAAAAUGUCCAUAUGCCAUAUGCCAUUUAGUAAAGAUUACGUGUAUUAUCAUAGAUUACAUAAAUACAUACAUAUAAUUCCACCACUACCACUACCCCCAAAAACAUACUUUGUUGCAAUCAACUAAUGAUUUUUACCACAUACAAAAUUUGGUGUUAGGACUACUACUACUACUACUACAACUAGAUGAAGUGUGAAUUAUAUAUUUAUAUAUAUCUGCAUACAUACAUACAUACACAUAGGAACAAAUCAGAUCAUGGAACGAAUGUUUUAGCUACAUACAUAAAUGUUUUUUUUUUGUUUCGUUAAUCUAUAAGCUAGAUAAAGAAAACGCAAAAGGAGAGAAGAAGAGAAGCAAACACAACACACACACACACACACACACACACCCAAAAAUGAUGAAAAAGUUGAAAAAGAAAAGUAACCAUAAACUCCCAGCAUUCGAUGUCGCUGUCGAUGUAUGUUGAUAUUAACCGACCGACCUUAGUAGUAUGCUGAUGUACGUAUGUCACAUUAAACAAUUCAAUUCAACUCAAUUCAAAAAUACUUUCACUAAUUAAUUGUAACUUGUACUAUAUGUCAACAUGUUCACAUGCGCCCCUUGUCCUAGAGUUUAAGCUAUAUAUAUACAUAAAUUAUGAUUUUUCCUAAUCAUUGCUUACUAUUACCCUCCUCCCCCCCAGUCUCCCACGAACACAAAAUCCCACCUUACCCCAGUUUUUGUUGUCUCUUCGUAAUGCUAUAUAUAAAUAUAAUAUACCUAUACCUAUACAUAUUAUACAUAUAUACAUUAUAUACAUAUUUAUAUAAAUGAAAGAAAGAUUGAAAGAAACCCCAGAGACAAAAUAUUUGCCGCUUUACGCCGCUGUAUAUUAUUCUAUGUAUUGUACAUUACCAAUCACCGAUGAUUUUGUUUUUGUUUGUUAUCUAUGCAAAUGGGUAUGCAUAAACAUGCCUACUAUCACACACACACACACGCACACAAACACAGCCCCCCUACAAUUAAACACAAACAGACAGAAAGCACAAAAAAAACCCCUUUGAACGCCGGACGUUUAUCAAUCAGAAGAAGGUCGAUUGGGCUGGCUUCAGAGAGUAUACCAAUCGCCGCUUCAGUGAACUGCCACCACCCCUAGGAUGUGCUAGAAUUGCCGAGAGGAAAUUCCCACUCGCUGUAUACCAGCCGGUCGAAUAACCCAAGUGCGACCCAAUUUCCCGGCGCAGGCAAUGGUACUCGCAGACGAGCGAGAUGGGAUUCGACGCAGACGAGCGAGAUGGGAUUCGUUGUAUGGACCCCACUAAGCCUAGAAUCAGCGAGCUGAAUCUGAAAAUAAACAGGGUAGUUAAUGAACAUAUUGGGUUGUCCAAAAAGUAAUUGCGGAUUUUUUAAAAGAAAGUAAAUGCAUUUUUAAUAAAACUUAGAAUGAACUUUAAUCAAA